AUGGUUGUAAUUAGCCCUGCAGAUGGACUACCGACGGAUCUACGCAGUUUAAACACUAGGAACGCGACACCUGAACAGCUUCUUGCAAUUUUGUAUGAGUUGCGCAAUACUGUUGGACCAAAGGUCGUGAACAAUGCUAUCGUUAAAGUGAUGGUGACAAAUGAUUAUGUAGUUCAAAGUAAUGAAUGUGAGAAUCAAAAGCUGAUGAAAGAUAAGAAGGAAAAGCAUCAGGAUACAAGUCGAAAGAAGAAAAUCAAGUGCAAACGCGAGUUCAAUCUCACCAACUACUCUAUGCGAACAGUAGCCAUUAAAUUUCUCUAUCUAGGCGAAAACUAUGCAGGUUUUGCACGUCAGGAUCAUAUGCCUGAGACUGUGGAGCGGUAUCUUAUUGAAGCAUUAAAGCGCUCAAAGUUGAUUGACAAGAUUGAAGAUGCUGAAUACUCUCGCUGUGGUCGAACUGAUCGAGGUGUUAGCGCUUUUGGUCAAGUUGUCGCGCUUCGUGUGCGUUCAAACUUGCCAGCAAGUGCACAAUUGCUCACCGGAUCGUCCAUUGACGACGUUAAACCUGGUGAAAAAUUCAAAGUGCGCUUAGCAACAGGUGAAGAGAAGAUGGUGACUGAAAUUGACUAUGCUUCACAUCUUAAUCGAGCACUUCCAACUGCCAUUCGUGUCUACUCGGUAGCAUCAUGUCGUUCUGACUUUAGUGCUCGAUUUGACUGCAAAGCACGCAUGUACCGCUACUUUUUUCUUCGUCGCAAUCUCGACAUUGAAAAGAUGCAAGUUGCUGCAAACGAGCUGGUUGGAAAGCAUGAUUUUCGCAAUUUCUGCCGCAUUGAUACCAAUUGCCAAGUGUUUGAGAGAAAGAUACAGUCAUUUCAAAUUGUCAAGUGUAGCAGUCAUACUGCUGAAGAUCCACGUCAACAAAUGUACCGUUGUGAGGUCUUUGGACGUGCGUUCUUGUGGCACCAAGUGCGCUGUAUGGUUGAAGUGCUCUUUUUAGUUGGAUCUGGACGAGAAGAACCGUCGAUUGUGUUGCAACUAUUGGACAUUGCACACACACCGCGCAAACCACAGUAUGAUAUGGCAGCAGACUUGCCACUUGUACUGCACGACUGUUACUUUGCAUCACCGGAUGAGAAAGAAAGUCCGGGUCCAGACUUUUGGUAUACCCCGCUUGCGUUGCUGCAAGUGCACGCUGAGCUUACGGCAAUAUGGGAGCAGCGAAGUGUACAAGCGGCAAUGUUGCGUAGUCAUCUAGAUGCACUUGAAGAAUUUCAAGUGGAUCCACAGAAAGUGGUGCAAGAUCUAGAUCACUACGCACCCAAGCUCGAGCAACUGAUGCAAGAGCGUAACCUUUUGACCACCAAGGGUACAUUAGUGAGAUGGAAGGAGGUGAGUCCGUUGCUUUCCUUAGCUAAAAAGAGAAAGACAUUGCCACUGGCAAAACGCGACACGGGACACUCUGUUGAUGAGUGUAAACGAAAAGCUCAGGAACGCAAACGUCGACGGGAGCUAGAGGAGCAGAUUGUGAUAGAGAAAAGAGAGUUGGCUUUUAACGUCUCGUCUUGA